AUGAGAUAUCAUACUCAGGGCGUAAUUGGUGUUUUGCGCUCUACAGAGGACAGUUUUUGUGGUGCGGUAAAUCAAAAUCGUCAAAGGAUCAGUUUUUCAGGGAUUGACUCCGUGUGGGGCUGGGCUUCGCCCCCGCUGCGCUUGCAGCUGGGAAACGCGCGCGGACCCAAGAGGAUGGGGGAGGGCGGGUCGCCGGGAGGCGUGGGCGUGGGAGGCGUCGGAGGCGCGCGGCUCUCGCACACGUCGGAGAAGCAUCCGCGGGCCAUCCUCGGGGAGCUGUCGGCGCUGCGCCGCCAUCGCGAGCUCUGCGACGUCGUGCUCAACGUCGCCAACCGGAAACUAUUCGCACACAGAGUGAUCCUGUCGGCGUGCAGCCCCUACUUCCGCGCGAUGUUCACGGGCGAGCUGGCCGAGUCGCGCGCCACGGAGGUCACCAUCCGGGACGUGGACGAGCAGGCCAUGGAACAGCUCGUCGACUUCUGCUACACUGCGCAUAUUGUCGUCGAGGAGAGCAAUGUCCAGGCGUUGCUGCCGGCGGCGUGCCUUCUACAGCUGGCGGAGAUCCAGGACGUGUGCUGCGAGUUUCUAAAGCGGCAACUAGACUGCUCCAACUGCCUGGGCAUCCGAGCCUUCGCCGACACGCAUUCGUGUCGUGAACUGCUCCGAAUCGCUGACAAGUUCACGCAGCAGAACUUCCCGGAGGUGAUGGAGAGCGAAGAAUUCCUACUGCUGCCGGCGGCGCAGCUGAUCGAUAUCGUGUCCUCGGAUGAGCUGAACGUGCGCUCCGAGGAGCAGACCUUCCAGGCCGUCAUGUCCUGGGUCAAAUACAACGUCGCCGAGCGUCGGCAACACCUCGCCCAGGUCCUCCAGCACGUGCGCCUGCCCCUGCUGAGCCCGAAGUUCCUGGUGGGCACGGUGUCGUCGGAGCUGCUGAUCCGGUCGGACGACGCGUGCCGCGACCUGCUGGACGAGGCCAAGAACUACCUGCUGCUGCCGCAGGAGCGGCCGCUCAUGCAGGGGCCGAGGACGAGGCCCCGGAAGCCCACGCGGCGAGGCGAGGUGCUGUUCGCGGUGGGCGGCUGGUGCAGCGGCGACGCCAUCGCGUCGGUGGAGCGCUUCGACCCGCAGACGGCCGAGUGGAAGAUGGUGGCGCCCAUGUCCAAGCGCCGCUGCGGCGUGGGCGUCGCCGUGCUGCACGACCUGCUGUACGCCGUCGGCGGCCACGACGGCCAGAGCUACCUCAACUCCAUCGAGCGCUACGACCCUCAGACCAACCAGUGGUGCGGCGCCGUGGCGCCCACGUCGUCGUGCCGCACGUCGGUGGGCGUGGCCGUGCUGGACGGCGCGCUGUACGCCGUGGGCGGACAGGACGGCGUGCAGUGCCUCAACCACGUCGAGCGGUACGACCCCAAGGAGAACCGCUGGACCAAGGUGAUUGACAGAACUGGUUCGAAGCGAUCCAAGAGUUCAGACGUCCUUUCACAGUUUAAUGGCACACGAUACUUUGCUUUAACAUCGUGUGGUUAGGGCACUUUGCAGUCUCGGCCGCAGUGUGUCUCCGAGAGAUAAAUUUGCUAAACUUGCGUUGCGGGUUUUUAUAAAUAUAAAAACGUUUUAUUAAAAAAUUUAUAUUAAGAAAUAUAGGAAUUUUCUCAAACAUGCUCGGAAAUGUUUGUACUGCUUUCAAAAAACAAACACGGGAAGUUUAUCAUUUAUGGGUCGCGCGUCCUCGUCCCGGCCAAGGCCCGCAAAGUAAGUAUGGAAAUUAACUACUUAUAUUACUGCCCGCUGCACUAAACUUUGAAAUCUGUCUACUAAUAAUGAAUUACAUAUGUAAACAGGCGAAUGAAAAUUUAUACACACAUAGCCAACUGACUAGUGUUCGUAAUUGCGAGAAUUAAAAAUACCUACCUGUCCCACAUACGUCAAAAAGAAAGAGAAAAGAGUAAAAUAAACUAAAGUGGUUUGGUUUUCUUUUCUGUUUAUUAAUUUUUUUUGUAUUUUCACCGCGAAAAUGACUUCUAGUAAAAUACAGCAAUAAAUACCACACAACAACGACAUUUUCUUUUAGCAAUUUGUCCUAACAUGUCUUUUUUAAUUUUCUAUUAUACAUCUUCCUCUCUUUGAUCUUUUAUUAUUUCCUUAC